AUGCAGCACAUCAUCUCUCCCGAUGUGCCUUUGACGGUGCUGGAAAACAUCGUACUGCUGCCAUCGCUGCUGCGGGCACCACCCAUGGCACAUCUGCAGCUUCAACUUAAGGUCCUUCGCGGUCCACGCCGCCCUCUGGAGGAGUUCCCAUCAGUGGCGCUACCAGUGCCACAUUUCAGCUUUCACGUGCAGGCGGUGGAAGGUGGCCCAGACAUCCUGUAUGUCCAGCCGCAGAUGGGCCGUGUGGUGACUCAGCGUCUUGGCUCCGGCCGAGUUCUGGCGGUGGACUCACGAAUUGAGAACAACACUGCGGCGUCGAUAGUUCAUGUUGCAGACCCUGCAGUGCUUCGCUUCGCCACGCUGCCACUAUGGCGAGGGCCUGGCGUUCCCAUCGAUGCCCGCGCACCAGGAUGGCUAGGGACGCUGGAGGGUGGCUGGGAAGAUGCAGAGCUGCAGGUGCUACGUGCCGACACAGCAGGAGUCUCCUCAGCAGAGCCGAAGCUUCAGCUCGUGCAGGGCAGGACGUAUGCCCUGAAACUGGAGCUGAUGGACGGCCUUUCGCAGCCGAUGCAGAUUCCACUGAACCUUCGAGCAGAAGCUCGCUGUGUGGCUGAGCCCGACAUGCCACCGGCACUGCAGCUCGUGCAUCAGGCUUCCAAUUCUGCGGUCAUCAUCUUCCGUGCGGUGGAGCUGGGUGAGGGCAUCAUCACCAUCGACGGCUUGGCUCUCCAGGCCGACAGCGAAGACCAGGCCCGUGGCCUGAAGACGCUUCCAUUGAAGCUCACCGCGAAGCAGGUUUUCCACGUGGCACCUGAGCUGCGACCACUAGUGCCGGUUCCGGGACCAAUGCUGCUUCCGAGGUGGCAUUCCUACUUGCUGAAGGUCGCAGGUGGAAGCGGCCAGCAGGCAUUUGCUUUAACCCAGCUGAAUCCAGCGGGUGUGGCCAGCGUUUCUGCCGAAGGCCAUGUGCAGGUGUUUGGGCGCUUGGGCAGCGCAGAACUCCGGGUUUACGACACGAGGAACCCAGAGAACAACUUCACUCUGCCGGUCUUGGUGAGACGUGCUGGUCACCUUCGACUCUUGCCCCGCUAUCUGCAGAUUCGCUUGUCUCCAGAUCACCCAACGGAAGAGGUGGUGCGGGUGCAAGCGCGGCCUGAGGAAGGUGGCGAUGAUGCUGAGCUGUGCCGGCUGCUUCGAAACUUGACCUUCUGGAACUGCACGGUGCUCUUCCCGUCGGACCAGCUGGUGCCCGAAGUCUCCAACAACACCGUUGCCUCCGUGCUUGCGGCCUCUUCAGGUGAGUUUGCCACAUGUGCCGCCCUUCACGUGAGGCCUCUCGCAGCAGGACGAUUUCAGCUCAUCGCGAAAGCACAGGAGGUUGAUGCGCCAGCGCUUCCAUCAGCAUCGCUACCCUUCGAGGUCUACAAGCCCUUGAAGUGGCAAUUGCUUGGAGUUCCGAGCCCCGCCGACGUACUUGCGGCGGCUCAGACCAAUCAAACGGCAGCCUUGGUCGUCGCACCCUGUUCCUCCGUCAGACUCUGCAUCGUCGAUGGUCCGCUUGGUCUAACGGUUCAAGGACGGGAGACGUGGAAUUUGACAGCUGGAGCCCACAUAAGUGUGCAGCGCCUGAGCCAUCGCUGCUUUGAGGUGGCGUGUUUACAGGUUACUCCAGGGCCUGUGCGGCUUGUUGGUGAAGUCUCGCACACCCCCGUGGAUCCAGCACAUGGGCAAACGUUUGUGGACCGAUUGGCCUUGUGGCUGCGCUGCUCGGUGCCAGCGAGGGUGCAGGCUGUAGCCGAGCUACACCCAGACGAUCUUCCGGACGUAGACAAGGACCGAGGAGAAGCGCUUGGAGUGCAGCGCGGAAGGGAGACGGCUUUCAGAGCGAAGUUUAUUGAUGCUUUCGGAAGGACUAUCCUGAACGCGUCCGAGUACUGGCUCCGUUGGUCACUGGUGCCCACCGGAAGCAGGGACGGAGUUCCAUUUCAGAAGGCAUGGCUAUCCACCGGCAAGGAGCUCUCCUUGGCCUCCCUCGCUGUGCCACGCGAUGCCACGGUGGGCGCGACGGCACGAUUGAAGCUGGAGGUGUCGCUGCCUCCAUCGAGCCUUUGUGCGUCGGCGGCCACGCUUGCCGCGUUGCCGCUGCCCAGCGGCGACGACCUUGGCCUGGCGGUAGCCCGGAAGCUGGAACUUCGAUGGCCCGGCCAUCCAGAGAAGCCGCGCUUCGCGAUCUUCAAGAACCUGACCAUCGUUCUGGAAGCUGGCUUCGGCACUGGACGGGCUCGCCUCGAAGUGUCCCCGGGACAGGAGAUCUUGGAGGUCGUCGAAGCGCGGCAAAUCUGUGGUGAUGUGCCCGAUGGGCAGCCGUGUGUUCCGGCACUCUGGAUCGGCUCGCCCUGCAACGUCACCAAAGCUGCUGUCCAACGAUGGUUUCUCAAGCCGGUCGCACAAGGUACAGCUUCCCUGCGCCUCUGGGACCCCGAUCUCUUGGGUGCGCGGCCCCAGCGCUUGGAGAUGGCGAUUCGCGCAGCCAAGCAGCUCGAUGUGGGACUCCUAGGGGAGGAUGCAUCUGACGGAACCACAGUCCUGGUCGUGCGUGGGGUGCUCCGGCAGCUGCGAGUGGACAUCCGAGAUGCGGAGGGAGAGGCUCUCGGAAUGGUGAAUUGGGCCGCGCUGGACCUGAAACUGAGGAGCAGUGACCCAGGAGCCUUCGAAGUCCGGGAGAGCACCGUGGCCACGAGAUGUGGACAAUACGAGUGCAUCUGCCACACUCCUGGCAUCUAUCGCCUCUCAGCCGAGAUGCAGGAUUAUCCGAGUGGCACCAUCUACUCACGAGUGUUGCACGUGCACUGCCUCCCAGAGUUCGAUGUCGUCUUGAAAAACAUUGUCGUGAUGCCAGGGCAGGCUUUCGAGCUCGCCUUCACUGGAGGCCCUCCUCGGAGCGAUGACCGGACCUUUUUCCACUUCACCUCCAGCGCACCGGACAUUGCCAGCAUCGACGAAGGCGUCGGCCUGGUGAUCGCUCUGAGCCCCGGCUCGGCGGAUCUCUCGGUGCAGCUUUUGGAGCGAGAGACGCGCCGCGAGAUUGCACGGGCAGGAGCGCAUGUGACCGUGGGCAUUCCGUGGAAUGCUUCGAUUGGUGCUCUGGAUACCUUAGCAGGACAGGCUGACGCGGGAUCCGACAAGGGAAUGGUCUUGCGGUGGGGCGGCCCCGAGCCGUUAAGGCUUCGGGCCCGAUUAUGGUCAGGAGAGCUGGAGUUGACGCCGCUGUUGCUUGGGAUGGCCAGCGCUCAGGCAUCUCCCUCCUUCAGCGCUGAGAGCAGCCGGAAAGUGUACAAGGCGGCACUUGACAUGGGCAAUCCUGUGGUGGAGGCCGUGGAGGCUGCCGCUGUGGUGGCACAGCGCGUGGCCGUGGACGAAGGCCUGGGCCUCGCCUCGGACGCCGCCGGCGCUGGGGCCGCAUUCGGAGUUCGCUGCCGCUUCCGCUGGAGCUCGGACAGCUCCGUGGUGCUGGAGCCGGUCGGCCUUGGGGCACUGGCCGUUGACGUUCGCAUGGCGCCAGCUUCUGCUACUGCGGCCGGAGAGGAGGUGCAGGUGGCGGUCCAGAUUGACUGCCCUCUGGGUUCAGGAUACGAGCAGCUGCACCUGCAAGCGAAGCGCCUCUUUCCUGUGGUGCAGCCGUUGCAGCUGCUGACUCCCAUCACAGGUGUGUGUGCUGCUGCCGUGGAUGCUUCUUCCCUGCUGGUGCCUUCACAUGCACGGCUUCCUUUGGCAUUCAACCUCCCGCGGUCCCAUCUCCAGGUGGAUGUCGCCGUCGGGCGGACCAUCCAGUUGCUGGAAACGGGAGACGUCGUCGAGCUUGAGACGGGGUCAGAACUGGGCGAGUCUACCCUUCUGGUGCAGGCAAUUGACCCACAGCUGCACGUUCCUGCAGUGCAAAUCUCAGUCUUUGUGCGCAAGGCGUUUGCAGCGAGAAUCGACUCUGUUCCGUCCAGGCUGCCAAUUGGAUCCAGUGCCUUGUGCCCGCUUUACCUCGUGGAUGCUAAUGGGCAGACAAUGGCACUUCCCAGCAAUUUUCAGGUGGACGUCUUCUCCAGUCAUACAGCAUUGAUGUCAGAGGUUCAUCGCUCUUCGAAAGGAACGUCUUUGUACCUGCGACCAUUGAGCGAGGGAUGCACACUCGUCAGCGCGGCGGUGCGGAUGCCGGACGGGAGGCGGUUGCCUUCGGAUGUGGCGGAAAUCUGUGUGGUUCGAGGGGCGCUGGUUGGCCAAGGGCAGCUUCUUCUACAGCCUGGCUCACGGCUGAACUUAGAUGCCGAAGAGCUCUUCACAGGCAAAGCGAGCGCCGGUCGACCGCCUUUGGCUUUCUCUGUGCGACUCGCCCAGCUCGGAUCCAGGUCCCUUGAGGACACUGCUGCGAGGCUCGCAGCCGAGGUCGCGGCGGUGUUGUCAUCAGGCCUCUUGGGGAGUCCUGGCCCUGGAGCUGGUCAUCCACUGCAGGUUCGCAUGGUCGGCGCACGAUGGUCGGUGAAGCAGGAACAAGGAGAACUACAACUUGGAGCAGAAGUCGAUCUGCAGGUCUCUGCUCGUGAACUCGCGGAGGUGGCCGGACGCAGCGCCGAGCUUGGCUUGAGGGACCUUGCAGAGGUUCUGUGGACCUACCAGGACGUUCAACCGAACGAGUCGCUGCGGCUGUUGGAUUUUGCUUGGGGCGUCCGUGCGAUUGCAGAGGAGCCGGCAAGCUCAUCGCGUUGCGGUGGCUGUUGUGUCAAGUCGCACUGCCGCAGCUGUUGCGGCGAGGACUCGACGUGCGGGCAUCUGUUCACACCGGAUGCGACAGGGUGGCACUCGCUUCAGCCGCGCACUGUCAAAGUAGAGGGUCCCAGAGUCACGGCGCUGGCACUGGAGCCAGGAGUUGCGACGCUUCGAUACUGCGAUGGUAUCGUGACCGCCGACAUCCAGGUCACAGUUGCCCAUGCUCGGCAGCUCACGGUGCGCUCUGCUCCGGAGGGCGGGCCAUCGCCAGCAUUGGUUGCAAGGAAGAUUGUCUCCAAUGAGGCAAACUCAGCGCCGAUGCAAGCCAAGUUCCGUGCUUUUCGCGAGGGUAGUUCGGAAGCGGAAGAGUUCCUGUCCGACCCAUUCCUGGCGCAGAACUUUCAUCUCCAGUGCAACCCAACCGAGGCAGCAAUGCGGGAGUUCUUCAGCUUCAAGGCUGUUGGGGACGCCUGCGUGCUGACAGCCAGGGAGCCUUCCGUGACAGCCUUGCAGAGGCUGUCUCCAAGUCGUCUCGGCCUUGUAGCCUCCCUACCCGGUAGCGUUGGCGGAGGUGUUGUUCUCGAGUGGCCCUUCGCACCGCAAUUCCGGAUCGUUCAGGAGAGCCAGCUGCUCGAAAGCGGAGAGGUGUGCGCGACUUUGAGCACUUCCCAGCCAGAAUCCACAGUCAUCGUGUGGACCGGAGGCCAUUCGGUCCAGGCGGACCUGGACCAGAUCCCUAGCUCGCUGGGAAACGUUUCUGUGGAGGUCGGGCCAUCUCACAAGGGGCCAUUCGUAGACUUGCGUCUCAUGUGGCACGGCGCAGUCGAGUGGGGGGUCUCCGAGGAGGUUCAGCUCGUGGUAUGGUCCCCGGAGACGAGCCAGGCGAGCAACUGCCGAGUUCGCGUGGAGCCGACGAAGAAGGUUCACUGCGCUCAGCACGACGGCAGGUCGGCCUUCGAGCUAUGUUUGCUGGCGGCAGUGGCAGCGAUGAUUUGGUUUCUGGCGAGGUCUUGCUCCAGGCCAUCCCCUUCAGAUGGAAGUCCAGGCUCCGGACUUGGAGCAGCCUUUCAGGGUGUUGGAGCCGGGCCCGUGUUCAGUGGUGAUCCCUUUGGUGGCCCUCGGGCGGUCUCCCCGUUUCAAGCAUUAGGACGUGAGCUCAGUUCCUGGCACCGCACCAUCGUGUCGCCAGUAACACUGUCAGACCUGCAGGCUGAGACACCGAGACCGUGCUCUGAGCACGCCAACCGUCGGCAGAGAACAAAAUGGACUGAUUUCUUACCAAAGCUAGCCGCUAGCCGCUCGAUGCGCCUUUGGCGGGUGGGGUUUACAUGUGACUGCGUGGCUCGCGUGCAUCCAACUCCCAUCCAGGGUUGA